AUGGGAUUAACGAAAGACAGUGACUGUGCGGUGAACUACCCAACGGGCUUCCGCCGCAUUUUUGGCUUUUUAGACACUUUCUUCGAUGAGAAGUUUGUUCAUAAGGAGGUGACGACCGUCUGCUUUCGACGGCGGGAGGAAGCGCUUCUUUGCUUGAAGGCUCUACUUCCGGAGACGCAAAGCCGGCUUAACGCAUCGGAUCCCACCUCGCGCACAUCUCUUUUAAUCAGCUCCAAGCAAGGCGAAACGGACAGCUCACCUAACUGGACAGUUUGGGAAGAGCACAAAGAUAUUGAAGACUUUAGUCCGAGAAUUGCGGUGCUCGUCGAGUCAUCUGACCUGAUCGAGUUACGGAAGAAGGUGGCGUUCUACCUUCAGUGCCUUAACAUCAUAGGAAAGCUGUUGGACGAAUUCGGGGGAGACACUCACUGA